AUGUCGAGCAAAAAGUCAAAGGAGGUGCCUCUACAAAAUCCAAGGCAUAGCCAAAGCAAGGAUUCUACCAGGGAUCUAACUGCAGCACAGACUACUUUUUCCCAGAGUAAGGCUGCUCUACGACAUAUAGAGAACAAAUUGGAAAUAGCUCCCACCAGCAUGGCUGUGUUUGAUUCUGUCGUGGAUGCCAAGAAGCCCUCUGCUAGCUCUAGCAGGAAAAUAAGCAGAAAAACUUCCCAGUCUUCCAGCCACAAUAAAUCAAGCAAGGAGAAGUCCUCACGCAGCCCACUUCGAACAACCACUCUUGAAAGCAAUGUGAAAAAAAGCAACCAUGUGGAAUUUCGUGACCCGUUGGCUUCAUACAGGGAUACUCAUGGUUCUCUAUCUUAUCACAGUUCCAGCCAACUUGAGGCCAAGCAGCUGCUCUCUAGUUUGGACUUCAGUGAAGCAGAAGGGAAGACUGAAAUAAGAGGCCGUAUGGUACAUGACCAAGAUGAGCAGGAUCUACACAGCAGAGAUUUUGGAAGCCCUCGUUCUUCUGUUGCAGAUGAGACUGUUGUGAGGUAUUUGAAUGACCGACCAGCAAUUGAUGCCUUGCAGAAUAAUGCGGUGUUUCUGAAAGUUGCAACAUCUGCAACAUUGGCGAAGGAAAAACCUAGUGGCUCCAGAGGAGAUGACAGUAGCACUAAAACUCCUCAGAAUAACACAUCCCAGGACAAUGAACUGAAAGUGACUUCCCCUUCUGCCACGAGAGUUUCUAGUCCCCAUCGGCUGGAAGUCUUGAAACGGCGGCAGCAUGAUGUGAAAUUCGAGAAGCUGAAGGAGCGGAUUCGAAAGCAGUGGGAGCAUUCUGAAGACCUAGGUGGCAAAAGGCAGCACUUGGGAUGUGCUGAGCAACCUGUCGCGAUCACAAACGUGGAGAAUGCAGUGACUCCCAAAGUCAGGAAGCUGGCAGCUGCACCUGCUGCGCCAUCGUACAAAGGUUUCAGCACUGUCGAAACAAAGAUUCGCGCUCCAGAUGGAAAGAUCUGGCGCAAGGAAGAAUUCCACAUUAGUCAGGAGCUGCACAGAGAUGUAGCGCCCAAGUUAACAGAAGGUUCAACAGUGAAAGGAAAACCCAGUGAGAGAAACAAAGAGAAAAAACCAACCAGACUACUGCGUAAAGUGCAAAAACUGUCACAGCUGUCAGGUCCAGAGUCCAAACAAGGUGGAAACUAUGUCAUAAGCCCUUCCUCCUGGCGGGAGGGACUAAAGCUAGCAAACAAGAUACUGGGUCCAGCUCCCAGAAUAGAACUGGACAGAAGAGACCUAUUGAGUGACAGAACAGGACAAGAGCGAGCUGCCAAGGCCGGCUGUAUUGAAAGGACAGGUUCAGAUUCUAAACUGGAUGUUACCCGUAAAACCUCUUUAAGAAGUUCUGAAAGAUCAAGGAGUGAAGUACAGUCUGAGAAUAACCUGCAAAACCUGGAAACUGUUCUCCCAGAGGACCAAGGAGAUCGUACCUCUGUAAAAAAGAACUUCCUGCCCGUGGAGAUACGUGGAAUUCUCGAUGACUUGCAGUUGGACUCCAUGAGUACAAAGCAAGAGAAAGAUGUGGAAAAGCAAAAUUGGAAAUCUGCUUUGCCGAUUCAAAACACCAGGAGCCAGAGUCUAACCAAAAGGAAACCAGACAAGACAGCUACUAGUGAGGAGCCUCAGAUGAUCUCUAAGAAACGUUACUAUGAUGCAGAUGAGGUUCGUCGGUACAUCAUCAGACAGCAAGAGGAGAGGAGGAAGAAGCAGAAGGAAGAGAAGAAAGCCCAAAAGGAGGCAACUGAACAGAAGAAUAAAAGACUCCAAGAGCUCUACAGGAAGCAGAAGGAGGCUUUUAAUAAAGUGAAGAAUGUGCCUCCUCCUGAGCCUUCAGCAGACAAACGGCUACAGGAGACCUAUUCUAAACUACUGCUGGAAAAUACGUUUUUAGAAGAGCCACCUCAGCUGCCUACAGUGCAGGAGACACAGCCCAGACCUGGUUAUCAACCAUCUGGGGAAUCCGACAAAGAAAACAAGGCUCAAGAGCGUCCUCCUAGUGCAUCUUCAAGUAGUGACAUGUCGCUUUCAGAACCGCAGCAGCCAUCACUGAGGAAUGAUUUGAUGGAGCCUCCAUGGGCACAGCCAGACAGGUCGAGCCCAAGAGUCAAGCUCUCUCACCCGCAAGCUCUCAUGGUCUCAAGUGGAGGCCCUUCCUCCCAGCACUGGAGUCUGGAGCAGAUGGACCUUUUGUCGAAGCAGUGUGAUGUGAUGUUGGCAGGCAGGAGAAACCAUGCUUCGCCUGUAAGAUCUCUGGCUUUGAUGCCUCAGCCAUACCUGAAUUCACCUGCUGCACAGCAAAAUCUCUUAGUAAAACUUACUAUUAAUCAGAGCCAAUUAGAUCGAAUUGAUGUUUUGAAGACUGCAGCUGCUUCCCUUUCUGGCAGGAUUGCAAGCGAAGCCAAAAGGUUGGCUGGGGCUGGUCUCAAUUACAGUACUGUGCAGAUCUCAGACCAGGAAUGUGUGCAAGAAAACCAGGAUGAUGGGCAGUGGGCAAUGGCUGUGAGUUCUCCUGUGAAGGAAGAAAAUGAAGAUGCUUUUUCAACCAGAAUUCAAAAAAUGUUGGUUACCUGUGUGUCUCAUACAGCCUUUGAUGACAGCCUUGCUGAGGCAGGCAACCUUAGUGAAUUUAAAAAGCUCCCUGAGACGAUCAGGCCUCAUACUGCCGCAGUCAGCCUUGGAAUAAAGUGCCCUGCUGCUAACAGGCAUGAGGGGCUACUAGGACAUUUACCUCAGAGACAGACUGACUCCUCAAGGCAAGAAAACCAGGCUUAUGCUCCAAACAAAGCUGUAAUUCCUCAUGAGUCCAGCAUCGACUCCAUCAGUGAAGGGCCUCUCCUGAGUGACGGAAGCCUCUCUGAAGAGGAAGGAGGCCAGCACAAGCAGUUGCCACUGAAGAUGCUGGAGACUUUAAAAGAAAAGGAUUUCUGCAUUCAGGAGAGAAAUGCUUUUGAACCCAUAAAGGAGUUUCAGAAAGAAGCCGAGAAGUAUUUGCCACUUUUCACUCGGACAAGUGACACGCACAGCAAGGGACCAUGGGAGGAUCUGGCGAAAGGAAGUCCCCACAGUGUCAUCAACAUCUUUGCGAAAAGUUACGAGCUUCGUGGGAAAGUGUUCGAUGAAAGGUCAAAUGGAAAGUCUUCCCUUCUGCGUCCUUUACUCCCUGCCAUGAGCCCUCCAGAGAGCGCGGUUUCUUACGAAGAUGAUUUUGCCUCGUCACACAGAAGCAGCACUUUAACGGGCAAAAAGAUUGCACGUGACCCCAGUGGUACUGGCAGCAGUAGUUCAAGCGUUCAGGAAGAAGUUCCUAGUAGGAGGUCUCCCCAUGAACCUCGAUCUGCAGAGCUUGCUUCUCAGCAUUCGCCUGGACCGCAGUCUGCAGCAUCUUCUCGCUCAUCUGCUUCCUCUAAAAAGAGAGGGAAAAAGGAACGGUUGGACGCUUUCAGUGGAAGUUCUCACCACUUUUCUGUGGAAGAAGAUAAAAUGCUAUCUGAACUAAAGUGGGGAUCCCAACAGACAAAGAAGUCCUUAUCAAGUAACAGAAUUUAUAGUAAAGAUCAUGAGCAGAACCCAGAUACAGACGGCACGUUAGAAAACCUGUCUGGACACUCCCUAAUGAGUUUCUCAGACAAGGGAAGGUCUCCGAAGACACCAACUUCUUCCCCAUCUCCCGGUUCCCAAAAACUGUUGCAGUGUGAUUCUACAGGCAAUGCAGCAGAAAGAGUCGAGUCACCUGCUGGCUUUUCUGGAAGUACAGCAUCAGGGCUGAAGCCUAACAUACCCUUCCCUGAAUUGAGUCUGGGAACUAAUAGGUCUGUAGCAGGAGCAGCCUCAGCAAGUGGAUGUAUGCGCUUCUCCCCUGCUGGUCUUCAGCAUCGUUUGUCAGCAGAACUGAACUACCUUAGUGCUAUUGAGGAGUCUGUGCGACAGCUUUCGGACGUAGAACGAGUACGAGGCAUAUCGCUUGCCCAGCAAGAGAGCGUUUCUUUGGCUCAGAUUCUAAAGGCACAGCAGGAGCUCCAUGAACGGGACUUGGCUCUUUUGAAAAUCAAGGCCAAACAAGAAGCUUUAGACAGUCAGAGGCAACUGGACGAGACAAGGCAGAAGGCAGCUCAGUUCCACGCAGAGUCACUGCAGCAUCUGGUCCAGUCACGGCAGGAGGCUGUACAAGAGACCCCAUGCAAGACUGCAGCCAAGCAGGCAGAAGUUGCACUUGUUGCUACAGAUGCAGCCCACCAGAUGUGUGAG